CUCUGUCAGACUGAAUGAUUGGAUUUUGUUUCUUUUUGUUUUGGUUUCACAGAGCUCUAAUCACCUUGGAUUGUACUGGAAAAGCAUCUGUUGAUUGAGGAGGAAUGGAAUGAAGUACUUCAGUUUUCUGCACUGGAACAUGUAAAAGAAGUGCUUCCACAUAUGGGGAUCAAGUGGAGGAUUAGGAACAGGAGCCGCAUCCAAACUCAUGACUUCCAGCACUAAUAAGAAUGGAUCUUUCUGUUUUUGACUGGAUAUCUUUGACUGUGUACUCUAUUACCUUCUUGCUGGGACUUCCUGCCAACAUCCUGGUCUUUUUUAUCUACGUCCGCAAGGCUCGCAAACGUGGUGCUACACCAAACGUGGUCUAUGCCAUCAAUUUGUGCUUUUCAAACCUGGCUCUGGUAGCCUGGAUGCCUGUGAAGGCCGCAGAGACAGUGCUCCAGAUCUGGAUGCUGCCGGAGUUGUUUUGCCCCAUCUACAACUUCUUUCUUUUCGCCUCGCUCUACGGCAGUGGCCUCCUGCUCACGGCUGUGGCAGUCGGACGCUACCUGAGCAUUGCCUUCCCCAUCAGCUACAAGCUCUACCGCAGGGCCCGCACUUCCUGCCUGGUAAGCGUCCUCUUGUGGGCUAUAGUGUGCUUGCAUCUGAGCCUGGCCUUGGUGGCCGAGAAAGGGGCCAACUUCGUGCAACCACUCCAGCGCAACACAUCUACAUGCUACGAGAACUUCACAGAGGAGCAGCUGGAAGUACUGAUACCACUGCGUCUGGAAAUGGCCUUGGUCUUGUUUCUGGUUCCGCUGCUGAUUUCAGCCUUUUGCACUCUGCGCUGCCUGGCACUGGUGAGGCGAUCUUGUCUACCACCUGGAAGCAAGCGACGGGUGCUGGCCAUGGAACUCUCAGCACUCUUCGUCUUUGUGGUGUGUUACGCACCGUACAACGUGUCGCAUGUGGUGGGCUUUGUGCUGAACGAAAACGUCCUGUGGAGGCGUGAAGCCAUAAUCAGCAGUUCCUGCAACGUCUUUCUGGAGCCCGUGGUCAUGCUGAUGCUGUCGCCAUCUAUGCCCAAGGCCUUUUCAGGGAAACUAUGCAAAAAGCAAAUGGCACAACAUCACCGCAAAGCCACUGUCUCCAUAAAGGACCCCCUGGCUGCUAUGCGAGGCGUCACAUCAAUGAUUGAAAAGCAAAUGGGCUCCCAAGCCAACAAAGCUGACAAAAGUAAAGCAGCUUCAUCUGCAAAAAGUGACUUAAAACCUGUGUAAGACAUUCUUCUGGAAGAACAAGUGAUUUUCAGGUGUAAACAGGUUAAGAUAGAAUCCUAGCUACCUGCAAGAGCUUGUGUUCCUGCGCAAUGCACAGUAAGAGAUGCUAGGCUAAGAGCCCAAAACCUGCCUAGAUGUGUUAAAUAAAUAUAUGUAGCUUAAGUUUCUGAUGCUUAAAGCACAAGCUUCCAUUUUGCAAGAUAAAUUCGAA